AAACAGGACCCCACCAUGCUCGAUCAGUUCAUAAUUUUGGCGACCCAUCAAAAUCAGAAUCGAAAACCCUAAAAUCCCUCCUUCUCGAUCUUGUGUGAUCACAACGUCUUCCAAUAAAGCUCCAUACAUUAAUCCAAUCUCAAUGGAAAUGGAGUUACCGCCAUCAGAGUCAGUCGAGAAGAAGGCGGAAGCUCUCGAAUCUCUGAUUUCCGGCCCCUUGGCUUCCUCGGUGUCCACACUGCUCAGUUGUUCCCGGGGAAUUCCUUACGGAAAGGAUUUUCACUUCUACAAUAAUUUCGACGAAUUUAAACUUCCCGCGAGGGAGAUCGCUUCCAAAGCUGAGUCUUCUCUUGGCGGUAUUGCUUCUUCGAUUUAUUUAUGGGGGAGUAGGAAACCGCCGCCUCCUCCCAACGAACUUGACGAAGCUUACGAAUGGCUUGUAAACCUGAACGACGACCUUCUUGAGAAGUUUGGGGUUUCUAUGGAUGAUUUCAGGAGUUUUAGAGAGAAGCAGGAACGGAACGGUGAGGCGGCGGAUUCGGGAGAUGGAUUUCAGUUGGUUUGUGGGAAGAAGAAAAAAAGGGGGAUCGUGCAGAAGCAGGAAAGAGAUGAGGGCUUCUCGGCUUCUUCUGGGAUCAAGAUGGUUUCAAGGGAUAAGAAGGCAACGGCUGCGCGGGCCAAAGUGCCGUUUCACUUGCCGAACAUUCCCAAGCCGCAGACGGAGUUUAACAUACUGGUGAACAACAGGAAUACGCCCUUCGAGCAUGUUUGGCUGGAGAUGAGCGAGGACAAUAGCCGGUUUGUGCAUCCAUUGGAGAAGCUCUCUGUGCUUGACUUCAUUGAUAGAGAUAUCAUUGAAGAUGAAAUAACAAAGCCACUUUCUCUAGAAAGCACUCCAUUUAAACUUGUAGAGGGACUGAGGGAGUUGAAGGAACUGGCUGCUAAAUUGCACGAAGUUGAUGAAUUUGCGGUUGAUUUGGAGCACAAUCAGUAUCGUUCAUUUCUAGGACUGACUUGUUUGAUGCAAAUUUCUACUAGAACAGAGGAUUUCAUAGUAGACACGCUUAAAUUGCGAGUUCAUAUUGGCCCAUAUCUGAGGGAAGUCUUUAAAGACCCAUUGAAGAGAAAGGUUAUGCAUGGGGCAGAUCGUGAUAUAUUGUGGCUUCAACGGGACUUUGGCAUUUAUGUCUGUAACCUUUUUGACACUGGGCAGGGUUCAAGGUUAUUGCAGUUGGAAAGAAAUAGUCUGGAGUAUCUUUUACGCCACUUUUGUGGUGUUGAAGCUAAUAAAGAAUAUCAAAAUGCAGAUUGGAGACUAAGGCCUUUACCUGAUGAAAUGAUCAAGUAUGCCAGAGAAGAUACACAUUAUCUACUGCAUAUCUAUGAUUUAAUGAGAUGCAGGUUGCUUUCAUUAUCUUCUGAUGAAAAUGAUCUUCUUUUAGAGGUUUACAAGCGCAGCUCCGAAGUUUGUAUGCAACUAUAUGAGAAGGAAAUUUUAACAGAUACUUCGUAUCGCUAUAUAUAUGGGUUGUCUGAAGCUGAUUUUGAUUCAAAGCAACUUGCUAUUGUUGCCGGUUUAUGUGAAUGGAGGGAUAAGGUUGCUCGUGAAGAGGAUGAAAGCACUGGAUAUAUAUUGCCAAACAAAGCUGUCCUUGAGAUUGCAAGACAAAUGCCUCAAUCAGCUGGAAAUUUACGUCGGUUAGUUAAAUCAAAGCACCAAUAUGUUGAACGCCACCUGAAUGCUGUCUCGAGUAUCAUUAAGAAUGCAAUUGCAAAUUCCUCUGCUUUUGAGAGCAUUGCUGAAGAGAUCAGAAAGGAGCGCAUUGAAGCUUUAGCAAUGCACAUUUCAAAAGCAGAGAACUUAGACUCCGUUGAUCAAAUUGCUUCAGUUGGCAGAUUUCAAGAAGAGAAGCAAAUAACAGAGUUGUCGUUUUUAGAAACUGGCCAUUGUGAUACAGUUGGAACAGUUAAGAGGGAAUUGAUAGAAAAUGGAACUUCUUCAUCUUCCGAACGAACCAAAGAUGUCGCCCCAACAGCUUCGGUUCAGGUAAUGAAAAAGCCAGCACGUGCAUUUGGAGCUUUGUUUGGAAAUUCUUCUAAGGGGAAAACAAAGCCUUUGAAAGGGAAUGACUCUGAGCAGGAGAAGAAUGAGAACAAGGUGGAGCAGAUCAAAGCCUCUGUGAUCCUCCCAUUCUUUUCCUUUCCCAGCGAAGACAAUAUUCCUGAAACGAGCCCCACAAAGAACGUUGUGCCUACACUAACUGUGCCAAGUCCAGAUCAACGGUCAAAAACUCCCACAAUGGAAGAAGUAAUACCAUUGGAAAACGGCACGGAUGGUUCAGAUUCGCCGGCCGAAAGCCCAAAAACUGUCGAUAGCCCUAAUGGUGACGCUGAUGCGACUGAAACAUCCAUGUCUCUCACCGAUCUGUCCUCUGGAUUUCAGCAGUGCUCGCAAUUCAUCUACGAAAGGAGCAGCUUGCAAGCGAACGAUCGGCCUUCGCAACUCUUGCCGUUCGACUAUUCAACCGCAAGAAAAACCAUGCAAUUUGGCGAAGAAAUUGGAGGCGAAGAUGAUGGUGGUGGCGGUAUGAUUGAUGGAGUUCGUCCAGCUUCGAGAGGAGCAAAGGAAGGUUUUCUGUCAAGCAGAAAUAAUGGCGAGCGAAGAGAGAGGGAGAGGGGGAACCAACCGCGGCGGCGGCAAGCAUUUCCUCCUUCAGGCAACAGAAGCACUACUUACCGUUGCUGAAGGGCUCCAUUGCUAAGCCUUUGAAGAUAGUGGAGGCAGUAUUUUAUAUAUGUUAUGGCUAAAACCUAUUAAUGAGGUGAAAUUUCUUUUUCUGAAUCUUGGUUGAUUAAUAUAAUGCCUCAGCCUUAUUUCCAUAA